GCUAGUUCCUUAUAAACUCUGCCUAUUCCAAUCUUAGAUUAAUAAAAUAUUCCAACAAAGAUUUUAUUUUUUACGUGGAUAACAGGUAAAUAUCAAAUUUCCGUAUUCUGUGCGUAAAACAUAACCUAAAAAACGUACGAAGACGUCAAAUCUGAUUGGGAAAUGAGCCGAUUAUUGAGAGCAAUUCCAUUUCCGAGGAUGUUACUCAGACGAAAACUGUUUUCUCUUUACAAUUCCCACGAAAAUACGAGUUGCGCAUUUCAAAAUAUUUAUACGAAAAUAUCAAUGGUAAUCAAAGGCAAUCCCAAGAUUUUGAAGUCCGUUAAGAAAGAAUAUGCAGCAGUACAAGCGCUGUUGUUAAGAUCUGGGUUACAAGAUUUCCAACAAUUGCGACAUAUUCAUUCAAGUUGUCGUAGGUGUCAAAACAUACCCAAACCUCCAAACAAUGGCAAAAAACCAGGAGACGAGGAUAAAGAUAAAAUCCCUGCAUUGAUGGCAAAAGCUUUUCUAUGGAUGUUAACCACAUAUAUUGUAGUCGCUGUAGUAUCUCUAAUGUUUCCUGGUAGUAAUCAGCCAGAAGUUGUUAGGUACGUCUCAUGGAACGAAUUUUUAUACCAAAUGUUAGCAAAGGGGGAGGUAGAACAAAUUAUAGUUCGUCCUGAUAUUGAAAUUGUGUCUUUAGUACUCCAUGAUGGGGCAAUAAUUAAAGGGAAGAAAGCUGAAGCUAAAGUUUAUCACAUGAACAUAGGAGACAUUAAUAAAUUUGAAGAUAAGUUGAGAGAAGCUGAAAGAAGGCUGGGUAUUCAAGAUGGAGUUCCAGUAGUGUAUGAGAGAAAUUCAGAUACUGCUGCUAAACUACUUGUUUCCUUAGCCAUAGCAGCAUUUUUGGUUGUUCUUUUAUUAAGGAGUAAAAGUAUACGACCACCUAUCAGCAUGGACACAUUUACUCAGUUAGGCAGAGCUAAAUUCACGUUAGUAGAUCCAUUAACAGGACCUGGAAAAGGUGUACAUUUCUCAGAUGUUGCAGGACUGAGAGAGGCAAAGACUGAAGUUAUGGAAUUUGUUGAUUACCUCAAGAGACCUGAUCAUUAUAAAAAUCUAGGAGCAAAAGUACCUAAGGGUGCUUUAUUACUUGGUCCCCCUGGUUGUGGAAAAACAUUACUUGCUAAAGCAGUAGCAACUGAGGCAAACGUACCUUUCCUCUCAAUGAACGGUUCAGAGUUUAUUGAAAUGAUUGGAGGUUUGGGAGCGGCUAGAGUCAGAGAUUUAUUCAAGGAAGCUAAAAAAAGAUCACCCUGUAUAAUAUAUAUAGAUGAGAUAGAUGCUGUGGGGAGAAAACGAAGCAAUACGCUUGGAGGAACAAGCGGAGAAAGUGAACAAACAUUGAACCAGCUUCUGGUAGAAAUGGACGGAAUGACAAGCAAAGAGAGUAUUAUAAUGUUAGCAUCUACUAAUCGUGCUGAUAUCUUAGAUAAGGCAUUGUUGAGACCUGGUCGUUUUGACAGGCACAUUCUUAUCGAUUUUCCCGACUUGGAGGAAAGAAACCAGAUAUUCCAGCAACACUUAAAGAGUAUAGUUCUAGAACACAAGCCCUUGUAUUAUUCCAAACGACUUGCACAUUUAACGCCUGGAUUCAGUGGAGCAGAUAUUGCCAAUGUGUGUAACGAAGCUGCUUUACACGCCGCUAGAUCAAAACAGAAGAAAGUAACAAAAGCAGAUUUGGAAUAUGCUGUGGAAAGAUUGGUGGGGGGCACUGAAAAAAGGAAUCAUGCUAUGUCACCUCAGGAAAAGAGAGUGGUUGCAUAUCAUGAAUCAGGUCAUGCUUUAGUUGGUUGGAUGAUGGAACACACAGAUGCCCUUCUCAAAGUGACAAUAGUUCCAAGGACAACAUUAGCUCUAGGUUUUGCACAAUAUAUCCCGAGAGAUCAAAAAUUAUUCACGAAGGAAGAACUCUUUGAGAGGAUAUGUAUGACUCUAGGAGGUCGAGUGGCAGAAUCAAUAACAUUCAAUAGAAUAACAACAGGGGCUCAGAACGAUUUAGAAAAAGCUACAAAAAUAGCUUAUGCCCAAAUUAGAGAGUAUGGAAUGGCAGAAACUGUUGGUCUUUUAUCGUUCCCUGAAGCACAAACUCAAGAAUCGGGAAGGAGGCCUUACAGUAAAAAAUUAGCCAAUCUCAUUGAUUUUGAAGCCAGAAACCUGAUAGCUAGGGCCUAUAAACGAACUGAAGAGUUACUAUUGAAAAACAAAGACAAAUUAGAAAUGCUUGCAGAAAAUUUAUUGAAAAAGGAAACUCUAAAUUAUGAUGAUGUUGAGGCUUUGUUGGGACCACCUCCUUUUGGGAAGAAACAUCUGAUAGAUCCCAAUGAAUUGGAAGAAUUUAUGAAGGAAAAAGAAAAUACAAACAACAACGAGAGCCCAGCUGAAAAGAAUGGAGAUAAGAAUCAAAACACAACAAACUAGUUGUCUUUUACAAAGUAGGCGGUUUUAUUUGUACCUAAAAACGAGAUUAGUUUGUUUUAUCUUGUGUACAGUUUGUAAAUGAAUAAAACGAAAUUGUAAAUAAACGUUUUGAUAUACAUGAA